UUGCAAGGUACCCGAGUGGGACAAACAAAUUUGAAACUGGCUUCUGCAAUGAAGGCUGUCCUGUGGCUUACAGUGGGACUUUUAUUCCUGCAAGAAAUUAAACCAAGCGUGGGCAGCAAACGAGAAAAGCGCAGCGUCCUGGAUAUGAUUUCGACUUUGUUGUGUUAUGGGGAUCGUCUGCGAAUCCCACUGCUAGCACUCAACCUAUAUGGCUGCCACUGUGGAACAGGCGGCUUUGGAAAGCCUCUGGAUGCGGUGGACCGCUGCUGUUUCUUGCACGACUGCUGCUAUCGCCACACCAGGCUCUCUCUGAAAUGUCACAACAGAGUAAAAUGGCAGCGCUACAAACUGCUGUGUAAAACAUCCGAGACGGAGUGCCGGUCCAAAAGCAUCUGUGGCAGAACGGCGUGCGAGUGUGACAAGCAACUGGCCGAAUGUCUCACGUCAGCGAAACCUCAGCGGAAGCAUUCUUUCUACAAGCGACAACUCUGCCAAGGGUCUAAGGGCAGCACCUGUCCCAUCAUGCACCAUAACUGGACUAGAACCCUGCACUAAGUUAAGUUCCUGCUAGUUCCUUUACUUUGUUGAUGAGCCCUUGGGCCACAAGUUACCUGAUCGCAAAGCAAAGGUUCUUGGAAAAAUUUAAGCUCUGAGAAAAAAAACGUAGCUGUGGCUCGUUUCCCCCCAUCUCGGACAAUAUUUGUGUUUCUAGGCAAGAGGAAGAGAUGGGGGAGGGGGCUCCGAAUAGAAGAGGUGGGGUUGAGACGAUGGGGAAGAGCUGGAUCUGCGUCCUUCACCAAGCGGCGGCUUCUUUACUACUUGCAGGUCGGCGACUAUAUAUAUAUAUAUUCACACGGGAACAAGAGAAGCGUGAUCGUUCCAAGCGGAAGGCAAAUAAAAGGCCCGGAGACUUGGGGGGGGGAGGUGGUCCUGCUACGGCGAGGGUCGACAACGACCCAGAGAGAAGAGCUGUCGCCGGAGAGGAACCACCGCGGAGAUUGCGAGGGUUGGUCGUGAGAUCUGACCGGAGUCCUCCCCGGGCGUCCCCGUCCCCCCCUCCCCUCCCUCCUUCUCUCGCUCUCGCACGAGGAGGGGCCAAAGG